CCGACUGAUCAAACCAAUAGAGUGCCAGAAGUGUGCAGCAGAACUCGGUAGUGCUCCAAUCGGGUAGCGUGUGGGCGGGCAAUGUGAGUAAACACAAGGGGGACUGACAAAGCGGCGGAGGCUCUAUGCUUCUGGGCGGAGAGCGAGUGAGAGCGGAGAUUGUCAGAGGAGGCUACCGUUGAGCCUUGGGGGGGUGGGGGAGGACGAGACACAUUCACACUGUCAACCCGGGGACGAGGCCGGGCCUGCGCCUGCAGUACGCAACACAACCCAGGAAAUCAUGGAGCUCGAGAAUAUCGUGGCCAACACCGUGCUGCUCAAGGCGAGAGAAGGAGGUGGAGGGAAGAGAAAAGGCAAGAGUAAAAAAUGGAAACAGAUGCUGCAGUUUCCCCAUAUCAGUCUGUGUGAGGAGCUACGACAGACCAUAGAGAAAGACUACCACAACCUCUGUGAGAAGCAGCCCAUCGGACGCCUGCUGUUCCGGCAGUUCUGCGACACCAGGCCUGAGCUCGCACGCUGUGUCAGAUUCCUGGACGCUGUGGCCGAAUAUGAGGUCGCACCAGAUGAGAAGAGAAAAGAGUGUGGGCAGCAGCUAAUAGACAAGCACCUGAACCCCAUGUCGGAGGAGCAGGUCCCUGAGAUCCCAGAGGAGCUGGCGUGCAGCUGUGCUGAGAGGCUGGAGCAGGAGGCCUGCAAGGAGCUCUUCAAGGAGUGCAACAAAUUGAUCCAUGGCUAUCUCAGCGUGGCUCCCUUUGCGGAUUACCUUGACAGCAUGCACUUCAACAGGUUUCUGCAGUGGAAGUGGCUCGAGAGGCAGCCUGUGACAAAGUACACUUUCCGGCAGUACCGAGUGUUGGGGAAGGGAGGCUUCGGAGAGGUUUGUGCAUGUCAGGUGCGAGCGACAGGGAAGAUGUAUGCCUGCAAGAAGCUGGAAAAGAAGAGAAUCAAAAAGAGGAAGGGAGAGUCCAUGGCUCUCAACGAGAAACAGAUCUUGGAAAAAGUGAACAGUAGGUUUGUAGUGAGUUUGGCCUAUGCCUAUGAGACUAAAGACGCCCUGUGCCUUGUCCUUACACUCAUGAAUGGGGGAGAUUUGAAGUUCCAUAUCUACCACAUGGGACAGGCAGGCUUUGAUGAGAAGAGAGCUGUGUUCUAUGCAGCAGAGCUGUGCUGUGGGCUGGAGGAUCUGCACCGGGAGAAGAUUGUGUACAGAGAUCUGAAGCCAGAAAAUAUUCUAUUAGAUGACCACGGGCAUAUCCGCAUCUCUGAUUUGGGGCUGGCUGUUCACGUGCCAGAGGGGCAAACGAUCAAAGGCAGAGUUGGGACAGUGGGAUACAUGGCCCCGGAGGUGGUGAAAAACGAACGCUACACCUUCAGCCCUGACUGGUGGGCUCUGGGCUGCUUGAUCUACGAGAUGAUCGAGGGCCAGUCCCCCUUCCAGCAGCGCAAGAAGAAGAUCAAUCGCGAGGAGGUGGAGCGGCUGGUGAAGGAGGUCCAGGAGGAGUACUCCAGCAAGUUCUCGGAGGAAGCCAAGUCUCUCUGCAGGAUGCUGCUGGAGAAGGACCCGAUCCAGAGGCUUGGCUGCCGGGGUGGCAGUGCUGCAGAAGUGAAGGUGCACCCGCUCUUCAAGUCCAUCAAUUUCAAGAGGCUGGAGGCAGGCAUGCUGGAGCCCCCGUUCAUUCCCGACCCCCAGGCUAUCUACUGUAAGGACGUGUUGGACAUUGAGCAGUUCUCCACUGUGAAGGGGGUGGAGCUUGAGCCCACGGACAACGACUUCUACAGCAAGGUCUCUACCGGCAGCAUCCCCAUCCCCUGGCAGAACGAGAUGAUUGAUAUGGAGUGCUAUAAAGAGCUCAACGUGUUCCAUGCAGAUGGGGCAGUGCCACCAGAUCUGGACUGGAGGGGCCAGCCCUCCCCAGAGCCCAAACAGGGGCUGCUGCAGCGACUCUUUGGGAGGCAGGACUGCUGUGGAAACUGCAGCGACAGUGAGGAGGAACCCACCAGGCUGUGACGAAGACCCAAGCGGGCCUGUCCCGCGCUGCCCAGCCCCCCACCCCACGAAAAAAGCAUUCCCCCCCCCCUCGGUGGAGAGGUAUCCGCACCGCAAAAGGAUUCAAUUUGUUUACAAUUUUUGCACAUUUGUAUUUAAGACAAUUCUAUAUAUAUAUAAAUAUGGGAAUGUAUAUUUUCAGUAUAUAGCCAUACAGUAAAUGUUAUUUAAGGAAAAUAAUAGUGAGGUAUGGCAACAAAAGGGAGUUCAGCCCUGAUGAGUUUCAAACUGCGCUCCAUGUCAUCCAGUUUACAGCACUGAAAGUGUGAGGAGACUUGCAGGACUGUGGUAUCCUGAAGGGUUCAGUACAGUGUUUAUACUGAACGGUACCGCAGUACACUGUUGUGGACACACCAAUACAGUGGAUUGAUCCCAAAACCAUUGCCUUCAGUGAUAGCUGCAAGACGCAUAUCCUACUAAUGAACUGGAAGUCCAUGGAAGAGAGAUUCCACUUGUCAUAUACUGUCUGGCAAUCUGCAUGCGAUAGCUGCUGGGGACAGCACUGGAGAGACUUCAGGUCCCCUGUAGAGACAGUUAUGAUGAUGGUGGUUUGUCAGUAACCGGUGUGUCCACAUAUCCUUCAAAUGGAAAAGGACAGCUAGAGCUAAAGCAUAGUCCAGGGGGUGUUACAUCAACUCAUUUAACAAAAAAAACAACAAGGUGUUUUAAAGAAUUAAUUGAAAAACAUUUUGAUAGAUGGCAUAUAACUCUUACUAAAAUGCAUUACCACCAGGCGUGUUAAGAAGAAAGCUAUUGUACAUAAUUGAACCAACCCUCCUGAAUGAAUCAUUAACUGUCCACUCGUGUUGGAUGUUGAUAUUGUGCUCGUAAUUAUGAGAGCUGUUUACUGUAAGCAUUACGCUUCUCUUGCAUGCAAUAGCGAAACACCGCAGUUCUUUUCAAAGGGUAUGGACUUACCAGGGUUGGACAAGAGAUCAAAAAGAGAGGUCCUUUUAAAAACAGACAAGUCUUUUAAUUGUACAGGCGAGAUGAAAAAAAAAAUAUAUAUAUAUAUAUAAAAAAACAAUCCUGUAAAAGUUCAGUGUAGAUGUAAUAGAAUCUACCACUGCAUUCUGCUGUAUUUACGAAUCUUGUGGGUGUUUUUUUUUAUUUUAAUUUUAGUUUUUUUUUUAAUAGGCUAUGUCAUUCAGCUGGGUCUCAGUUUAUGAAUGUGCAAACUGUUUGCACACAGAAGUAAUAUUCGUGUCGUGUAAAAUCUGUACAACAGAAACAGUUUUCUUAUUCUUGUUGGAAAUUGGGCCAGCGUUUUUUGUUUCUUGCAGGAUCCAUAUACUAAACCUAAACGGGUUAUCAUGAUAUUUUGUGCUAUCUCAUUCCAAAGAUUUGGAACUCACUGUUGUUGUUUCAUUACUGUGGCUUCUUUUAUUUUUCACCUUCAGAACUCCCAGAGCCCCAAGCCUCAGAAUUCCGCAUGUAGUUUGCAUUAAGACUCUAAGGGCCACGUUUCCAAAGCGUUUCCUCCUUUCUUCAAUUCACACCUAUUUUCUUGAAAGGAGGAAAAAAAAAAACAUGUUAAUGUUGCAAAAUGAAAAACAAAACCCAUUGAGAGUGCUUGAAAUACAUAACUUAGUUUGGUUCUAGUUUUGUACUGUCAAAGUAGCAGGUGUUUUACCUCUUAAAGCAGGAGUUAAUUAAAGACUCUGCAAUACUGUCUAUACAUCAUGAUCGAGGUAUCUGGAAUGGUUCAAACGGGAGUCUUAAUCCACUCACCUGUCUGGGAGCGCCCAUGCAGUCUGGGAGGCUGACAAUUAAGAUUUGUGAUGUUAAUGCCUCUCCAAUUGAUUUUAUUUAAUUCAGGGACAUUUUCAACAAUGGAUUACCUGUCAAGAAGCAUGUUUUCUCAUGAUUAACAGCAUCUAUUAUUUGUUCUUUAGUGCCUUGAAACGUAACUACCUGAACCCACCAGUAGUGGGCAUCGGUCUGAAAACAUUGACACGAGUUCUGCCAAACAGAAGACUUUUCUCUGUGUUGGGGUAUCUUGUGAAGCCUUAUUGAUCUGGCUCAUUCAUAUUUUGACCUUUUUUUUUCUUUUUUUUGUUAAUGUACCUGUACUACCUUUUUAAUAAAGGUACUUCAAAUUGAGCUGUUAUAAAAACAAAUUAUUUGAAACUUUUUUUUUCCCAAUUGAGUUAGAGUAAAUUAGUUGUAUAUUGCAUGCUUCUAACUUGACCAAGGGUUUAAAAAAAAAAAAAACUUGCUUAAAAUAUGAAGCCUCCCAUUUCUUGCGUACUAGAUUCACUGUUGCAUGCACACCCUUAAAUUAAGCAUUCAUGUGCAGUAUACUGUGUGCCCCUUAAUAACUGAACGAUUCACAACAUUAGAUGUUACAGCCCUUAAUCUUCCCUAUCGUGUGAUUAAAUUAACCAAACCAGUGCUACUGCUCUUUAAAAUCUAGUGGUGUGUUAUGAGCAGUUUACUUGUGAUGGUGGUGGUCUCUUUUCAAGGUGCCUUUUUAACUGUAUGCCCGUAUGCUUUAAGGUACUGUGUAAGGUAAAGUGCAUAAGAAAGGGACUUGACUGCUGAAGAAAAGCUAUUUUAUGAAGAAAGUCUACAUCCUGCUGCAUACAAGUCAGCUCUGUCUGCCGUGGUUUCAUUUGUGUCCUUCUCUGUAAAAGAAUGGAGUAUUGGGGUGAUCCUACUUGGAGACAGAAUAAUAAGAGACUUGCUUUCAGAUCCAUAGGAAGAGUUCUCCUGAACAGUAGGAUAAGAUCCCAGCUCCCUCAUCUUCAUUAUUUGUCUAUCUUAAAAAUACAUUCCAGUCUUCUAAAGUACUGUACAGUGUAAAAUUGUGACUUAUUUGUGUUUUGUUUAUUUAGCAAUAACCUGGACACCACCACACUGUAAACUAGAGCAAGACUGAGUUUGAAUUUCCAUGUUGAAACGCUUUCUGAGCCAGGGUUCGACACACUGUGAACAGGAGGGAGAAGUUAAUAAUUCAGUCACAGUUAUGUCAUUUCGCUUGCAUUGCACUGAUGUGAAUAUGUAUAUUUUUGUAACCGUAUCUACAUUUUAAUGAUAUAAAAAACACUUAAACAAACAGCUGUUUAUUGAACUGAGGAAGAGGACCUCUUUUUAGCACAGACGCAAAAACGGGUUGAGAUGGGGCUUGCAGUGUUGUUCUGAGUUUGCCUCCACCGGUGAUGCUAGAUCAUUGUUGUGUGUCUGUGCAGAUUGAAAAGAGGAUGAUUAGCUUCCUGACCAGUCAGACAGACGAUUCCCACACUUUCAGUGUUUUCUUUUCCCAUAUGUUCAAUUUAGAAUGGUUUGGUGGAGGCAUCUGUUUGGAGUACAACGGCACUUCUCACCUCGCUGUUAUAAAACCCACAAGACUGGUGCAGUACUGCUAAAGAAGUCAAGUGGCUAACUCCAUAUACUGCCAAGGGGUUGUGUGUUCUCUCCCCAGUAGAAUACCUAGGAGUCUGAACAGCUACCUCAGAGUUUCUAUCAGCUCGUACUGCUGGGGGUGCCCUUUCAUUCAGGUUUUACUUGCUGGCUUCAAUCUAGGUUUGCAUCUUGGGGGGGUGGGAACCUAUUCCACAUCUUUCAAAUUCAGUACCAUACCUCAUCUAAAUCUCUUUUUUUUUUUUCCUGCCCUCCCAUAUUGAAAACCAGAGCAGUGGUUUGAGCUCUAAAAGGUGCUUCCUCGGUUUCAGUUGUACAAUGUGAAUGUGUGUGUCCGAUUCUACAGAUUUUUGCUGUGCUUUCUUUUUUAAAGUCCCGUGCAGACUGUGCUAGAGCAUACAGCCCCCUGCUGCUUCAGGUUCUCUCCCUGCUUGCCAGUCCUGCUAGAUUAAUUGAGUAAAAAAAGAAGUGUGAAGCAACGUGUAAAAAAAGGGAGGAAAAUCAGCUGAAAAAAAAUAACGCCACUCCUUAAAGCAGCAUGCAGCCGCACAAACGUUACUAUCAGCAAAUUCAUCUUACUGCUACCUCCUGAUUUUUUAUUUAUUUUUUAAAACAUUUUUUUAAUGCUUUUCUUCCAGUCGUGCAGAGCGGGUGUCUCCAUAGACGUAGGAAGUUGUCAUUUUAAGAUUGCAUGGAAUGAGACUUCAGUGUCAGAUUACUAACAAACUCAUGAUUCUUCGAAGUGUUCCAACUCGUGUGUAUUGGGACAGGUUCAACACCCCAAACCUGCUAGGCUUGCCAGGGGUCUGAUAUCAAUGGUGUAUCAGUGUAACACACAGUUUUCAUGGCAUGCCCCACCUGUGAAAAUGCAUUGAUGUACUACCAUAUCAGGGCUUGGUAGACAAAAACUGGCCCUGUUGUUGCCAACGGGUGUGUUUACAAAAUUGGAGAACCCUUGAAGAGUCCCACGAUGCGUUACAAAUUUGUUUAAGAAAAUUUCUGAUUUUGUAAAGAAAAACAAAGCAAAGUGUGAUGCACCCUUACCUAGCUGCACAGCCAUGUGUUUCAGUGCCAGUGUAUUCCAGUCCUCUCAGUGUAGCUGCCAAAGACCCAACAGUGGAACUGGAAUCUCUGUGCCAUAGUGGGUAACAGCAGGGCAAAACCUUUUGAGUGUCGAUACAAAAACAGCUUCUCUGGUUAUCUGUAGUUAGGUAUGUGUUUAAAUAAUGUUAUAUUAGUAAUGAUGUCUAAAUAUGUUGUUCGUAACUUAUGUAUGACUGAAUCUUCUAUUGUUGGCCUCCUUGUUUUGCUUAUCAUUAAAAUGUUCCACUAUCCUGAGAAUACCUGGGCUGUAAGCGGCAACAUGCUGUGCAAAUGAGGAAGAGCUGCUAGUCUUAGUAGGGUGGGGGGAGUUGGACUGUGUUCAAAGGAGGUGUGUAGAGGUUCUAGUGUUUUAUAUAGGGGUGCCAUACUGUAGCUGACAGGGUUUUUUUCAAAUGCAUUUCUUGUGUAUGCAACCACUGGAGUGGCCUCGCUCUCAUGCUGUUGUGACGUGAGAGACGAGUGUCUGAGGGAAUUCUAUGUGCCUGUCAUUACUGUAUCUCACACGUCUGAGGAAUUCUGUGUGCCUGUCAUUACUGUAUCUCACACGAGUCUGAGGAAUUCUAUGUGCCUGUCAUUACUGUAUCUCACACGAGUCUGAGGAAUUCUGUGUGCCUGUCAUUACUGUAUCUCACACGAGUCUGAGGAAUUCUGUGUGCCUGUCAUUACUGUAUCUCACACGAGUCUGAGGAAUUCUGUGCGCCUGUCAUUACUGUAUCUCUUCAUGUUACCUACAUGGCGUCUUCCUUGGCCCAUAUCAUUCUUUUCAACAUGUGCCUGUGACAUUUUUUUUUUUGUUAAACUUGGCCAAACAUGCUGGCAUUAGCACUGUACUUUAAAUAAUAAUAAUAAUAAAAUAAAAUAAAAAAAAUCUAUUUAAAAGCUUUGUCUGUCUGUAUAAUAAUUAUUUACCUCCACAUGUACGAAGUGUAUUGUACUGUAAAAUAAAUGAACUUGGGUA